GAGCUACUAGUUAGCUUGCCACGUAUUUAGGCAUUGUUCCCUCUUAGCUCGUAUGAUUUUGACAAGUUCUUGGUCACAAGAGGAUUCUUGAGUGAUCGUUGAGGACCUCAGAAAGCAUUCUGAGGUCGCAUGAAUUCUGAUUCUCCGUGAAAGCUGAUCAAAUUUGAGCUAGCUGGCUAGCAACAUUCUAUCGAAGACUGCUGCUGCCGCCAUAUUGAGCGAGGCUCCGCUGUUUGCCAUGCAGUGACUGACUUGCUCGGACUGAACUGACAACAGAUCGGGGAUAGAAGAGUUGGGGGGGCUGCCGUUGCUGGUGACGCAGGAAAAACACCCAAGAGCAGACAAAAAAAAUCCAAGGAACUGAGAUCGCCUCAACAUUCAUUUUAUGUAAUGCGAAACAGCAGUUACACGAGACGUUUAUAAGAUACAUGACAAAUGAGUUAUUGGAGACUGGAGUAGCUAGUGAAUAGAGGAGAAGUCAUUUCUUAUUUCUGGUUAUGCAAUGGUCUCUGCAAUCCCUCCAGUGCUUCAGGUGGUGCUUUCCCUCUCCCGCGCAUGCCGCUUGUCCGUCAGUCUUGAGGAGGCUGUGAUUUCUCCCCGCGCACCAGCCACAUAAGUGGACAAGAUUGCAAAGAUCUGCCCCGUGUCGAGUAUGACGGCCACGACGCGUGGCUCUCCGGUGGGGGGCAACGAGAGUCAGGGCCAGGGCCAGGCCCCCGACGGCCAGUCUCAGCCCCCGCUGCCCCAGAACCAGACGUCCUCUCCUAACUCCUCCAAUGAGAACUCUCCGGUGAGCCCUCCUGAUGAGCAGGGCCAGGGGGACUGCCCUCCCCAGCUGGAGGAGGAGGAGCCGGCCUUCCCCCACACCGACUUGGCCAAGCUGGAUGACAUGAUCAACAGACCCCGCUGGGUUGUUCCAGUUCUGCCAAAGGGUGAAUUAGAAGUUCUUCUGGAAGCUGCUAUAGAUCUUAGUAAAAAAGGACUCGAUGUCAAGUGCGAAGCAUGCCAGAGGUUUUUCCGAGACGGCUUGACUAUCUCCUUCACCAAGAUACUGACAGAUGAGGCCGUCAGUGGAUGGAAGUUUGAGAUCCACAGGUGCAUCAUCAACAACACCCACCGUCUGGUGGAGCUGUGCGUGGCCAAGCUCUCCCAGGACUGGUUCCCCCUGCUUGAGCUGCUGGCCAUGGCCACCAACCCGCACUGCAAGUUCCACAUCUACAACGGCACACGGCCCUCUGAGACGGUGCCCGCUGGCGUGCAACUGGCCGAGGACGAGCUCUUCGCCCGUCCACCGGACCCACGCUCUCCCAAGGGCUGGCUGGUGGAUUUGAUAAACAAAUUUGGCACAUUAAACGGGUUCCAGAUUCUGCAUGAUCGCUUCAUGAGCGGCCAAGCUCUGAAUGUGCAGAUCAUCGCUGCGCUCAUCAAGUACUUUCGGCAGUGCUACGAGUUCCUCACUUUGCACACGGUGAAGAAGUACUUCCUCCCCAUCAUAGAAAUGGUCCCUCAGUUCCUGGAAAAUCUCACUGACGAGGAGCUAAAGAAGGAGGCCAAGAACGAAGCCAAAAACGACGCCCUGUCCAUGAUCAUCAAGUCGCUCAAGAACCUGGCGUCACGGCUACCGGGUCAGGAGGAGACCGUGAAGAACUUAGAAAUUUUUAGGUUAAAAAUGAUUCUUAGGUUAUUGCAAAUAUCUUCUUUUAAUGGCAAAAUGAAUGCACUAAAUGAAGUCAACAAGGUGAUCUCCAGUGUGUCCUACUACACUCAUCGACAUGGUAACCCGGAGGAGGAAGAGUGGCUGACUGCUGAACGCAUGGCGGAGUGGAUUCAGCAGAACAACAUCCUGUCCAUCGUGCUGCGAGACAGUCUGCAUCAGCCCCAGUACGUAGAGAAGCUGGAGAAGAUCCUGCGCUUCGUCAUCAAAGAGAAGGCCCUCACCCUCCAGGAUCUGGACAACAUCUGGGCUGCCCAGGCUGGAAAGCAUGAAGCCAUUGUAAAAAAUGUCCAUGACCUCCUAGCGAAGCUGGCCUGGGACUUUUCUCCCGAGCAGCUGGACCAUCUCUUUGACUGUUUCAAGGCGAGCUGGACCAAUGCAAGCAAAAAGCAGCGGGAGAAGCUUCUGGAACUCAUCCGCAGGCUGGCGGAGGACGACAAGGACGGCGUGAUGGCCCACAAGGUGCUGAACCUGCUGUGGAACCUGGCGCACAGCGACGACGUGCCUGUGGACAUCAUGGACCAGGCACUGAGUGCCCACAUCAAGAUCCUGGACUACAGCUGCUCACAGGACCGCGACACUCAGAAGAUCCAGUGGAUCGACCGUUUCAUUGAAGAGUUGCGCACCAACGACAAGUGGGUGAUCCCCGCCCUGAAGCAGAUCCGUGAGAUCUGCAGCCUGUUUGGAGAGGCCCCUCAGAACCUGAGUCAAACUCAGAGGAGUCCUCACGUGUUCUAUCGGCAUGACCUGAUCAACCAGCUGCAGCACAACCACGCGCUGGUCACCCUGGUGGCAGAGAACCUGUCGGCCUACAUGGAGAGCAUGAGGCAGUUCUCCAAAGCCGAACACGCCGACUUUGACCCGCAGACGGUGAGGCCUGGUAGCCGGUACAGCCACGUGCAGGAGGUCCAGGAGAGGCUCAACUUCUUGAGGUUCCUGCUGAAAGACGGGCAGCUGUGGCUGUGUGCUCCGCAGGCCAAGCAGAUCUGGAAGUGCCUGGCGGAGAACGCCGUGUUUCUGUGCGACCGCGAGGCCUGCUUCAAGUGGUACUCCAAGCUGAUGGGCGACGAGCCCGACCUGGAUCCGGACAUCAACAAGGACUUCUUCGAGAACAACGUGCUGCAGCUGGACCCCUCGCUGCUCACUGAGAACGGCAUGAAGUGCUUCGAGCGCUUCUUCAAGGCCGUCAACUGCCGCGAGGGCAAGCUGGUGGCCAAGCGCCGUGCCUACAUGAUGGACGACCUGGAGCUGAUCGGUCUGGACUACCUCUGGAGGGUUGUGAUUCAAGGAAGUGAUGACAUUGCCAGUCGUGCAAUAGAUUUGCUCAAGGAGAUCUACACAAACCUCGGACCAAAACUGCAAGUCAAUCAGGUUGAGAUCCAUGAGGAUUUCAUCCAGUCGUGUUUUGACCGCCUGAAGGCGUCGUACGACACCCUGUGCGUCCUGGACGGGGAUAAGGACAGCAUCAACUGUGCCCGACAGGAGGCUAUCCGCAUGGUCAGAGUGCUGACCGUCCUGAGGGAGUACAUCACAGAGUGUGACAGCGACUACCACGAGGAGCGCACCAUCCUUCCCAUGUCCAGAGCAUUCCGGGGCAAGCACAUCACACUGAUCGUGCGCUUCCCCAACCAAGGCCGACAAGUGGACGACCUGGACAUCUGGUCGCACACCAACGACACCAUCGGCUCGGUGCGGCGCAGCAUCCUCAACCGCAUCAAGGCCAACAGCACGCACACCAAGAUCGAGCUCUACAUCGGCGGAGAGAUGGUCGACCCCAACGAUGACCGCAAGCUGAUUGGCCAGCUCAAUCUCAAGGAUAAAACGCUGAUUACGGCCAAGCUGACGCAGGUCAGCGCCAACAUGCCCUCCAGCCCGGACAGUUCCUCGGACUCCUCCACCGGCUCGCCCGGAAACCACGGCAACCACUACAGCGACGGGCCCAACCCCGAGGUGGAGAGCUGCCUGCCUGGAGUGAUCAUGUCGCUGCACCUGCGCUACAUCUCCUUCUUGUGGCAGGUGGCCGAUCUGGGCUGCAACCUCAACAUGCCCCUCCUGCGCGACGGCGCUCGCGUCCUCAUGAAGCUCAUGCCCCCAGAUAACACUACAAUGGAGAACCUGCGAGCGAUCUGCCUGGAUCAUGCCAAACUGGGAGAGAACAGCCUUAGUCCCACCCUCGACUCCCGCUUCUUUGGCCCGUCGCCUUCUCAAGUGCUCUACUUGAUCGAGGUGGUGUACGCCUUGCUGAUGCCGGCCAGCCACACGUUGGGCGAGGACGCCAGCGACUUCCAGUACAACUUCCUGAAGAGCGGCGGGCUGCCGCUGGUGCUCAGCAUGCUCACACGCAACAACUUCCUGCCAAACGCUGACAUGGAGACGCGGCGGGGCGCCUACCUCAACGCCCUCAAGAUCGCCAAGCUGCUGCUCACCGCCGUCGGUUUCGGCCACGUCAAGGCUGUUGCUGAGGCCUGCCAGCCAGUGGUGGAGGGCACCAUGCCCGUCUCACCAAUUAACCAGGCCACCCACGAUCAGGCCUUGGUGCUGCAGAACGCCCUGCAGAACAUCCCCAACCCCUCGGCCGAGUGCAUGCUGCGAAACGUGGCCAUACGCCUUGCGCAGCAGAUUUCCGACGAGAACUUCUUCCAGGCCUCAAAGUACUUCCCAGACAUCUGUGUGAUUCGGGCCAUACAGAAAAUCGUCUGGGCCUCAGGAUGUGGCACAGUACAGCUGGUCUUCAGCUCCAAUGAGGAGAUCAGCAAGAUCUAUGAGAAGACAAACGCUGGGAACGAGCCGGACGCGGAGGACGAGCAGGUGUGCUGCGAGGCGCUGGAGGUCAUGACCCUGUGCUUUGCCCUCACGCCCACCGCCCUAGACGCUCUGAGCAAGGAGAAGGCCUGGCAGACGUUCAUCAUCGACCUGCUGCUGCACUGCCAGAGCAAGUCUGUGCGUCAGAUGGCGCAGGAGCAGUUCUUCCUCAUGGCCACCAGGUGUUGCAUGGGCCACCGGCCUCUCCUCUUCUUCAUCACCCUCCUCUUCACCGUUCUAGGAAGCACUGCAAAGGAGCGUGCCAAGCACGCCGGAGAUUACUUCACUCUUUUAAGGCACUUACUCAACUACGCGUACAACAGCAACAUCAACCUCCCCAACGCCGAGGUCCUCCUCAACAACGAGAUCGACUGGCUCAAGAGAAUUAGGGACGAGGUGAAGAGGAUUGGGGAGACGGGCGUGGAGGAGACCAUUCUGGAAGGCCACCUGGGCGUCACCAAGGAGCUGCUGGCCUUCCAGACCCCAGAGAAGAAGUACUACAUUGGCUGCGAGAAGGGCGGCGCCAACCUCAUCAAGGAGCUGAUCGACGACUUCAUCUUCCCGGCGUCUAAUGUGUACCUGCAGUACAUGAAGAGUGGCGAGUUCCCCACGGAGCAGGCCAUCCCCGUCUGCAGCAGUCCCGCCACCAUCAACGCCGGUUUCGAGCUCCUGGUGGCAUUAGCCGUGGGCUGCAUGCGCAACCUCAAGCAGAUCGUCGACACGCUCACGGAAAUGUAUUACUUAGGUUGCGAGGCACUUACUGAAUGGGAGUACUUACCGCCGGUGGGACCGCGGCCCACCAAAGGGUUUGUGGGGCUGAAGAACGCUGGCGCCACAUGUUACAUGAACUCGGUGAUCCAGCAGCUCUACAUGAUCCCGCCCAUCAGGAACGGCAUCUUGGCCAUCGAGGGAACCGGCAGCGACGUGGACGACGACAUGUCCGGCGACGAGAAGCAGGACAACGAGAGCAACGUUGACCCACGGGACGAGGUGUUCAGCUACCACCACCAAUUCGACGACAAGCCGUCCCUCAACAAGGCCGAGGACCGGAAGGAGUACAACAUCGGCGUGUUGCGCCACCUGCAGGUCAUCUUCGGUCACCUGGCUGCCUCACGCCUGCAGUACUACGUGCCCCGAGGGUUCUGGAAGCAGUUCAGGUUAUGGGGUGAGCCGGUGAACCUGCGGGAGCAGCACGACGCACUGGAGUUCUUCAACUCGCUGGUGGACAGCCUGGACGAGGCGCUCAAGGCCCUGGGUCACCCGGCCAUGCUCAGCAAAGUGCUGGGAGGCUCCUUCGCCGACCAGAAGAUCUGCCAGGGCUGUCCUCACAGAUAUGAAUGUGAGGAGUCGUUCACAACACUGAAUGUAGACAUCAGAAACCACCAGAACCUUCUGGACUCGAUGGAGCAGUAUGUGAAAGGGGAUCUGCUGGAGGGUGCCAACGCCUAUCACUGUGAGAAGUGUAACAAGAAGGUGGACACGGUGAAGCGUCUACUCAUCAAGAAGCUACCACCGGUGCUGGCCAUCCAGCUCAGCCACUCGACUGGGGCGAGAGUCGCCAUCAAGUUCAACGACUGCGCCCGAGUUCGCGAGCUGGACAUGGAGCCGCAUUACCGCGAUGGCGGCGUGGCCAAGCUGGAGGGCUCGUCCGACUCGAGCCCUGAAAGCCAGACGCCACGCGCCGACGACUCCAAGGAGCAGCCGUUGCCGCCCGCCGAGUCGCCACAGCCGCCACCGGACACGCCCCAGCAGCCCCCCGCCGUCACCGACCCGCAGUCCCCCAGCUCGCGCUACCGCCUCGUCGGCGUGCUGGUGCACUCGGGACAGGCCAGCGGCGGUCACUAUUACUCGUACGUCAUCCACCGGGGCGAGGGGAGCGUAGGCGGAGGUGGGGGUGUGUGCGACGGCGAGCGCAACCGCUGGUACAAGUUCGACGACGGCGAGGUGACCGAGUGCAAGAUGGACGACGACGAGGAGAUGAAGAACCAGUGCUUCGGCGGCGAGUACAUGGGCGAGGUGUUCGACCACAUGAUGAAGCGCAUGUCGUACCGCCGGCAGAAGCGCUGGUGGAACGCCUACAUCCUCUUCUACGAGCGCAUGGACGCGCCGGACCACGACGGCGGCGAGCUGGUCAAGUACAUCCAGGAGCUGACGCUGGGCAGCAAGCCCAACCAGAUCAAGAUGCCCGGUGCCAUCGAGUGCAGCGUGCGGAAACAGAAUGUCCAGUUCAUGCACAACCGCAUGCAGUACAGCCUCGAGUACUUCCAGUUUAUGAAGAAGCUCCUGACGUGUAACAGCGUCUACUUGAACCCUCCGCCAGGCCAAGAUCAUCUUCUGCCUGAAGCGGAGGAGAUAGCAAUGAUCAGCAUUCAGCUCGCUGCCAGGUUCCUCUUCAGCACUGGAUUCCAUACCAAGAAGAUAGUGCGAGGCCCAGCCAGUGACUGGUAUGAUGCCCUGUGCAUCCUGCUGAGGCACAGUAAGAAUGUACGCUACUGGUUUGCACACAACGUCCUCUUCGCCUACCCCAACCGCUUCUCCGAGUACCUGCUGGAGUGCCCCAGUGCAGAGGUGCGUGGGGCCUUUGCCAAGCUCAUAGUAUUUAUUGCGCACUUCUCCCUGCAAGACGGACCAUGCCCCUCACCGAUUGCCUCUCCAGGACCCUCGAGUCAGGCCUGUGAUAACCUGAGCCUAAGUGACCACCUGUUGCGUGCCGUUCUCAACCUGCUCCGGAGAGAGGUGUCCGAGCACGGCCGUCACCUGCAGCAGUACUUCAACCUGUUCGUCAUGUACGCCAACUUGGGCCUUGCAGAGAAGACCCAGCUGUUGAAGCUUGGUGUGCCAGCCACCUUCAUGCUGGUAGCUCUGGAUGAGGGUCCAGGCCCCCCCAUUAAGUACCAGUACGCUGAGCUGGGCAAGCUCUUCACUGUGGUAUCGCAGCUGGUGCGCUGCUGCGACGUGGCCUCCCGCAUGCAGUCUUCUAUUAAUGGUAACCCUCCCCUGCCGAACCCGUACGGCGACCCCAACCUGACAGCACCCAUCAUGCCCCUGCAGCAGCUGGUGGCGGAGAUCCUCUUUGUGCGCACCAGUUACGUGAAGAAGAUCAUCGAGGACUGCAGCAACUCGGAGGAGACCAUCAAGCUGCUGCGCUUCUGCUGCUGGGAGAACCCACAGUUCUCCUCCACCGUGCUCAGCGAGCUGCUCUGGCAGGUGGCAUACUCCUACACCUAUGAGCUUAGGCCUUACCUGGACCUGCUGUUGCAGAUCCUUCUUAUUGAGGAUUCCUGGCAGACCCAUAGAAUUCACAAUGUGUUGAAGGGGAUUCCUGAUGACCGGGAUGGGCUCUUCGACACCAUCCAACGCUCCAAGAACCACUACCAGAAGAGGGCCUACCAGUGCAUCAAAUGCAUGGUGGCGCUGUUCAGUAACUGCUCUGUGGCCUAUCAGAUCCUGCAGAGUAACGGCGACCUGAAGAGGAAGUGGACUUGGGCGGUGGAGUGGCUCGGCGACGAGCUGGAGCGCCGGCCGUACACGGGCAAUGCCCAGUACACCUACAACAACUGGUCCCCGCCCGUCCAGAGCAACGAAACCUCCAACGGCUACUUCCUGGAGCGCUCACACAGUGCCCGCAUGACCCUGGCCAAGGCUUGCGAACUUUGCCCCGAGGAGUGCCACUUAACGAAGCACGAGGCUGUGUCGGAGGAGGACGCUGCCCGGAAGCCGUCCUCACCUCAGCAGCUUAUGCCAGGGGAGGUCGCAGUCCAACCGCAGCACACUGAGCCGGACGACCAGGAAGCCCCUGAUGAUCAGGACUCCUCUCCCCCAGAGGACACCUCCCUGUAUCCUCACUCUCCAGGGACCCAGUUUCAGCAGCAGAACAACCACCCCCAUGGGCAGCCCUACACGGGCCCGGCAGCGCAGCAUAUGAACAACCCCCAGCGCCCGGGCCCACGAGCACAAGAGAACUGGGAGCCCACUGAGGAGGUGCCUCCGGCCCAGACCUCUACCACCACCACCACAACCACCACCACCACCACCACCACCACCACCAAGGAGUAGUCGCGCCUGCAACAGCGCCAGCUCGUCCGCCGUUGGCGCACCUCCGCCCUUAAAAGCCUGUGCGCUCCACCCUCCUGCCCCUCUCUCCGUCUGCUCUCUCAGUCUCUCUCUCUCUCUCUCUCUCUCUCUCUCUCUCUCUCUCUCUCUCUCUCUCUCCUCUCCUUCCCCUGCCUGAGAGGAGGACCGGUCUGGGGGCCCCAACCUCCACCCCAUCCCAACCAACCCCCCUGCCUGCCCACACCUCUCCACUCCAGGCCCCACUGUAUCCAGAAUUCAGCUC